GCCUGGUGAGAAGUUGUCAGGCUGGGUAGAUUUAGGACACCGUGUGUUGGCGGCUUGGAUUUUCCGUGCAAUGCCGGGACGUCGUUUCUCUUCCAUCGCUCCGGGAACUCCUCCGCACAGACCGGGGCUGACUCCGGACAGCAGAGACCACAAACUGCUCACUGCUGUGAGAGGGCUGUCUCGUCAGCUGGCUCGGUUUGCUGCUGAUGUGAAUGAGCAACUAACAGCGGUAAACGCAAAACUGCACUCCAUAGACGAGAGGAUGACCGCUUUAGAAGAAAUAGUGAACUCCCGCGCUUGUGUGGAGGAGAAGAGGAAAAGACGGGCGCACAAUCCCAAGAUUGCGGAAGCGGUGCGUCGUUUUCAUAACGCCAAGGGAAAUCGCAAGCGCUACAAUCCCGAAGAAGGACUGAGUUCGCCUCACAAUGAGGCAGUCACGUCUCAUUUGGUCCAAGCUCUGGCUGAAAGUCCGGAUUUGCACAACGUGGCUAGAGAUGCCAUUCUAUCUGCCUGUAAAACAUAUUAUGAGACCAUACGCAGGAAUUUCCGCUACAGCCAGCCGGACCUUGCAGCCCAGGCUGAAGCGAUGAAGACUGCAGCCCGCAGCCGUCAGAGAAGGAAAAGGCUACUGGAAGCCAGGCAGGGAGUCCUCAGUGCAGAUGAACUGGACUUCUGGAGGGGUGUAACAAUUGAUAUGAUGUCCGAUGAGGAGGAUGGGGCUGUUGAAGGGGUGGCUGGGUGGAUUGUUAGGCCUCCUUCCUUUCGAAGCAAAGAACUCACUGAUCUGUGUGCGACUCUUCAGGCUAGAUUGGAAGCUAAUCCAAAAUACACAUCUACACAUCACAGACGUCUGCAUAUUGGACCGGAUUCAGACAGAAAUCCUCCAAACGCAUACAAUCCAGAUGCAGCAAAGAAACAUUUCAAAGAGCAUCUUAUCCCCCAGAGAGCUAUGAAUCAUCACAACUUUGAGAACGACUGCAUUAGUUACAAAACUGAAGAACUACUGAGCUCGCCCGAUGACACAGACAUGUCUCCUUUGGACGACGCUCUAGCUGAAAGUCCAGAACAUCACCGCGUGGAUAAUGAGAUCCUCCGUGUGACUGUGGCCUAAUGAAAUGAAUUAAAUCUCUGACUGAAUGUCACCUCAAGUCAAUCUCCACACUACCACUGACCUGUAUACACGGGGGGGUUCUAAAUGUAUUUAUACCAAACAUUAUAUUUUAUGUUGUACACUUUAUCCUUGGUCUCUUAUAACUGUCUCAGACUACAUAAAGUUACUGACUGGUGAGAUUAGGCUGUUAUAAAAUCAUACAAUCUUGGCUUUUCCAGUCAAGAGUUUUGAUCAGUGGUUGCCAGUUUAGAGUUCUAGUCAGUGACUUAACCUUAAUGAUUUUGGGCCAUCAAGGAUAUGUUGCUGACUAGAACAGCAGAGCUGAAAUUAAAAGGAAAUGCUCCUGAGUCUCUCUAUCACAGUAUGACAUGAAGCUGAUGUACAACAGUCCAUUCUUUCCUUUUAGUGUGUCAAUUUUUCCUCUCAGGAGAUCAUCAAGCCUCUGAGAUACAGCAGUAGUUUUCUUUUAUUAUCACACAAUUAUCCAUCCAUUUUCUUAAUCAUUGUCACAGUUGACAUAGGAUGACAAGCCAAUACAUUACAAAGCUGCAGGAAAUCACUCUCUUAUCCAAACCUGCUGCCAGUUUGAAAUUAACCCGACAAAUAUAUUGUUGGGUUCUGGAAAGUCGUGAAGAAGAAGGAUUUAACCAAGAACUCUGUGGCAAUGUUCAGGCAUCAACAUGGUUCAAUGGUGGUCACAUCCUAGAGACCGCUGUGAGGACUGCUGUCUACAUGUUGUAGCUGAUUAUGGUCAUACAUGACUGGCCUGUGGACUACUCUUGUUAGUGCUGUUAUUGGUCGUUGCCAGCAGCAGAGAAGAGCAAAGUUAAAACACAGAAAGAGUGGAAGUGAAAUAGUGUCCAUUGUGUCUGUUCUUUUCAUGCUUUAUGUUUUUGAUAUGAUGUCUCUCACGCUUCUCUCGUUUGUGGUGAACACCACUGUUCCAGCCCACUUUUCAACCAGUGAACGUUCAACCACAUCGAGGGUCCAUGGAGGACGGCACAUAUUCAUGUUUGCAAUAGUUGCAUACCCCUUUCACUAGUCAAAUACCUAAAAGCAAUACCAUAAAACAGGUUUUUAACUGCUGCACCACUGUGCCACUCCAUGAAACACUUUGUGAGAUAAAGUGAGUGACAGCACCUGCAUCAUGGUUUUAAUUGCCUGUUGUUUUAAGUUUUAUGCUUGCCUAUUUAUUCAAGCUGACUUUGCUCUUUAUUGUGUUUUGUGCAUGUGUGUUUGUGUGUGUAUGAGAUCAUGUUGAUGGUGCUAUAAAAAUAUACUUUAUUAUUACUAACUGAUCCAGUAGUUUCAGCUGUAUUUGCAUAUUUGCACUUUCUGCUCACAGGAAACAUAAAUAUAUUGUCUUGGGUGUAACUACAGAUUUACAGGCCUGAGGAUGUCAGAA